ACAAGCAUCCAAAUCUGCAGUCACAAAGCACCUUGUUAUGCCCUCCCUUCAUUUGUAUCAUAAUCGUAAUGCUUCUUGAUGAUUGCGUUUUGUGCCAAACUAAGAUCUAUCCUCGUUAUCUCCUUUUAUUUUGAGUAUGAAGCUGAAAACCUUUGCUACUGGGUAGUGGGUAUUUAAACUCACCUCAUUCAUGAACUUUACUACCAAAGUUCUUCAGUUUUAGUUCAACUAUCCUAUCAAACAGCAAAAAUUCAAUUUUACCGCACUUUAUGGGAUAAUGGCUGCAUCUGCUUUGGCACUAACACCCCCAUUCUGUUUCAGAAAACCCCAUUGCAGGAUUUCAUCUUUCAAUGCCCAUUCCCUCUUCUUAAAUGCCAAACAAUGUCUUAAAUCAAACACCCUUCAUGCUUCCCUUCAUUUCAAGCCCCCUCUUUUUGCAAACGCAAUUGUCCCUUCCGCAUUGACCCAAGUUCGAGCUUCUUCUCAUGAAUGUUUUGAUGCUGCUGAUGAAGCCGAAAGGUUGUUGCUUUUUGAGGAAAAGCCAGUUAAAUUCGCUUUCUGGGUCCUAUUUUGGGCCUCUCUAUCCCUUGCUUGGUUUGCUGUUUCCAAGGAUGCUAAUGCUUCUGUUGACUCCAUUAAAGCCUCUGGCUUUGGCUUAAAGAUUGCUAAUUCCUUGAGAAAAUUGGGGUGGCCUGAUGGGGUUGUGGUGUUCACACUUGCUACUCUUCCAGUGCUUGAGCUUCGUGGAGCUAUUCCUGUUGGCUAUUGGAUGCAACUUAACCCUGUUACUUUAACAGUGUUAUCCAUUCUUGGGAAUAUGGUUCCUGUGCCAUUUAUUGUACUCUACUUGAAAAGAUUUGCGUCUUUCCUGGCUACGAGGAGCUCUUCUGCAUCACGGUUCCUUGACAUGCUGUUUGAGAAUGCCAAAGAGAAGGCUGGUCCUGUUGAGGAGUUUCAGUGGCUUGGUCUACUGCUGUUUGUGGCUGUUCCUUUUCCUGGAACUGGAGCAUGGUCUGGAGCCAUUAUAGCAUCUAUUCUUGAUAUGCCAUUUUGGGCUGCUGUAUCUGCAAAUUUCUUUGGUGUUGUAUUUGCUGGGCUGCUGGUAAAUUUGCUAGUGAAUCUUGGUCUGAAGUAUGCUAUCAUUACUGGUAUCAUCCUUUUCUUUGUUUCCACAGUCAUGUGGAGCAUCCUUAGAAAUCUUAAAAAAGAUUUGAACUCUUCAUAUUGAUGUGAAAUGUCUUCUUUUCCUAUAUCAACACAAAGACAGUCGAAGUUUUGUUAUUCAUUCUCUUGUCUUUUGUUUUGCUUUAUUUUCAUAAUAGAGCAUUGUAGUUGAAUGAUAUGUAAAAUUGAAAUGGCUGACAUAUUGUAUAUUCACUUUUUCUGAUGUUUUAAACGUUAUGGGCUGACUGAUAUUCCUUGAUGCAGACCAUCCUAUAUCAGAUAGCUUUUUUUUACCUUCAUUUGGGAGACUUUAAGACCUAAUCAAAUUAUUACUUUGAGGU